AUGAUCGAGGCUGAAAACCGAGGUGCGCCCGCCCCCGCACCCCACAGACAGCAGGCCUCGGACCGGAACGUGUGGCCAUCCUCGCUCUCGUAUCCACCCGAGUCACCUGCGCAUGUGGCGGAGUUUUGUCGGUCUUGCGUCUGGCUACAGCUCAGCACUACAGAUACAGUUUCCCGCCCGCAGAAGCCCAACUUUGGGGAUCCAUUCUUCUGGGCCAAGCGGGUCAAGAAUCUUGGUAUUGGUGCCGGCCUCGGCAAGCUCUCUGUCAAGACCCUCUGCUCAGCCCUCCAUCUUUCUACCUCCGAUCUUACUCAGAUCUCAAGGGCUAGAAUCAUAGGUCAACUUAUUUGGGAAGAGAACAAGGCCGCUAAGGUUGUCGAAUGCCUCUAUUGCAACCUUGAUUACGCUAGGUGUUUGGUCAAAUGCCAGACAAGCAACACCACCAUUGGUCCCUCCCUUCACCCUUCUCCUGACACUGACACCACGAACACCCGUCUCUUGGCUUCCAAGGGCAAGCAGAAAGCUGUCCCCAUUGAUACAAAGCAGCAAGAGCAGGAAAAGGAGGAGCCACACACGGCCUCCUCCAAGUCUGCGCAGGCGCCCAUUGACAAAGAACACUCCUCUGACGAGUCCGCCUCCUGUGACAUCUUUUCUCAGCAAUCACGCUCCGACCCCGCCUCUGAACCCGCCCUCAACCUCUCCACCUCCUUUGACCAGUUCUGA